AAAAAUUUAGAUUUAAAAAAAAUCGUCAAAUUGUCUCGUCCAUUCGAUUGGCAGAUUGCGAAUCUGUGUGUGCGGGUUACUGAGGUUAUGUUCAUUAACAGCAAGUUGACAGAUUGGUCACAAACGGAGCAUAUAAUAAUCGUCUAAUGUCCAUUUCGACCAAUGCGAUGAAUAAGGCAGAAGAGGAGUGCGUCGAGAGAACGUUCGUCUACAAAUUUCCAACAUGCACCACGAAUCAGGAAUACACGCUGGAAGUCCCGUUAAAAAUACCGUAUCACGGCUCCGUCAAAGAAUUGAUGCAUCGUAUAAUGUCAUCGUUCAAACUACCAUGUUACGUGGAAUCGGAUUUACUGCGGGCCCUGCAGCGUAAUAUCAAGGAGCUUACGCUGCAGUUUCAUGACGAGAAGGCGGAGAAACUUAUCGAAGCCGCCAAGGCAGGCAGUCUAGAUUUAGAGGACAUAAUUAAGAACUGGGAGAAAAUAUACAAGCAGAAGACGGUAGAAUAUUCCGAUCCCAUUGGGACCACAGACGAGGAAUUGUUUGCUGCGGCGUAUCACAGACUAGUGCAUUCCCCGUCCUUAGAACCGAUUCUGCAGGCGGAACACAAAUUUGGACGAGACGUUACCGAAGUAAUUCAAAUGAGGGAUACCGACUACGAACACCUCACGCAAAAACAAACCGACGAGAUGCGCGUUGCCGUCGAGGCCCUCGAAGCAGGAUCUACCGAAAAGUCCAUAAACGACAUGGCUGGUCGUCAUUUCGAGGAGCAGAGCCUAUUACAGGGUUACUGGGGAUCCCGAAUCGACGCUUUGAGAUUAGAUCAACGGCGGCAGUAUCGAAAUUGGAUCAUGAGGCUGCUCGAAGAGCAACAGACCAGUAUGGUAUCCACGCCAAUGGGUUCGCCUAUGGUGCCGCUGCCGCCGUUGCGUCCGGCUUUAGACAAAUUCGUUCAUAGCGAGGAGAAACAAACGACAGAUUAUCCCCUGUUAGAAGAAAGCUUCACCAUACAUUUGGGAUCUCAGAUGAAACAAAUGCACAACAUACGCAUACUGACCGGAGACGUGCUCGAUUUUUGUCGUACGAAAAAUAGCGAAUCCGGGAUGGAUCCAACGCCGCAAAGAUUGCAAACGGCGUUAGGACUGUACUCGAACGAUCUCUGUGGAUUGGUCCUCCUAAGCGACAAUCAUUUAGGCAGUUAUUCUGGAAUAACGAAAGAAUUAUGCUCGAUAUGCCAAUUAACCACGGAAUUUCACUUUCCGUCUAUCGACGAGCAGUUGGAAAAGAUUCGGGAAGACGUGAAGGAUGCCGUUGCCUGGAGGCAGGCGCAUCACAGGGAAGGCUCAAGUGAUUCCCAUGCGAAAAAAUCCACGUCGAGCAAGAGCCUGCAAACAGGCGACGUUUUUAUCACGAGGCAUUCCAAUCUGGCGCAAGUUCACGUGGUGUUUCACAUGGUGGUCAACGAUUCUCUGAGAUCCGGCGACAUCAACUCGAGACAUCCCGCUAUUCUGGGAUUGCGAAACAUCUUGAAGACGGCGUGUUGCAACGACGUGACGACGCUGACUAUACCCGUGCUGCUCGUCCAUGAAAUGUCAGAGGAUAUGACGGUCGCAUGGUGCACGAAGCGGGCAGAGUUAGUUUUCAAGUGCGUGAAAGGCUUCAUGAUCGAGAUGGCGUCCUGGGGUGGGGCCGAGCUGAAGAAUCUACAGUUUCUCGUGCCGAAAGGAAUGUCGGAGGAGGUGUUCGGAACGUUAGCCACAAUGUUGCCCAGCAUAUUUCGGGUGUCGAACCCGCUAGUUUUCAAGGCCACCAGCACCCCGCAAACCCCGAAAAAGUGAACGACACUUCCCCUUCUCCCUCUGUCUUAUCGUAGCGUGCAUUCCGAACGCCAUUAUAUUUAUUGCUAUGUAUAUGCAAUUAUCCGCUGCGGGCGCGAAAAAAGAUACGGCUCUGUAAAUAAAUGUCUGACUUUUUAAUGAG